CUUCUCUUCUCGCGGCACGACGGUCGGGAGUUGUAGCAGUUUUGCACUGCUGUGCAAGGACGACUUUUUGCAAGCGGACAGGCGCUGCCGGACGGAGCACGAUUACUCCUGGACUGGAUUUCGCACAAGUGCGACUGUUCGUGAAGUUUGUAGGUGCAGGCGUCGGCUAGGCGCGUCGCACUCCACUGGCACGCGAGCCUUGGCGGCGAGUGCAGCUCGAGGUCAAGCAGCUAGUCCACGCCGUAAAGCACACCAAAUUAGCGCACGGCUCGCGUCCAGCGCUGAACGGUCGUCAGUGCUCACCUCACCAACCAGUUGUGCACAUUAUAGCCGCCGCGGCGCGUGCAGCACACUUCUACAAUGGCACCCAAGCUGCUCCUCGUCGCGGCGCUCGCGAACGCCUGGCAAUUCAACAAUGUAAAAAGGCCCCAGAAAUUGCGCGCGACAACCCUGCAAGAACCGGAGCUCUCGCCCCUCGUCACGUCCCUCAAGCCGAGCGCGACGAUCGAGGUCCACGCGUUAACUUUACAGAUGAAGGCCGCGGGCGAGACCGUCGUGUCCUUGUGCGUCGGCGAGCCGGACUUCGCGCCGCAGCGGGAGAUUUUGGAGGCGAUUGGGGAGGCGGCCAUGAAAGGUCUGACGAGGUACACGGAGGUUACCGGUACCGGCGAAUUGCGGAGCGCCAUCGCCCGGGAUUUGAAAGAGAGAAAGCAUGUUGAAUACGACCCCGGGGAGAUCGUCGUGGCGAACGGCGCGAAGCAGGCCGUCUACGAGGCGCUCAUGGCGCUCUGCGGCCCCGGCGACGACGUCAUCCUCCCGGCGCCCUACUGGGUCUCCUACCCGUCCAUGGUCGACAUGUGCGGGGCUUCUUACACCACCGUAUCGACGUCCAUCGACGACGGCUUCGCGCUGACCCCUGCGCAAUUACAAAAUGCUCUGAAGCCGAAUACGAAAGCAUUGAUACUGUGCAACCCGUCGAACCCCACGGGCUGUCUCGUGAGCGAGGCGCAGCAAAGAGCUCUCCUGAAAGUCCUCGACGACCACGAGGCCAAGACCGGCAAAAAGGUCUGGGUCGUCGCCGACGAGAUCUACGAGCAGCUAAAUUACGGCACGCCCCACGUGGCCUUCGCGGCACUCGGUCCGAGCGCCUGGUCGCGCACCGUGACGAUCAACGGCUUCAGCAAGGCCUACGCCAUGACCGGUUUUAGGUUGGGGUAUCUCGCGGCGCCGCAACCGGUAGCCAAGGCCUGCGCGAAGAUCCAGGGCCAGAUCACGUCCUGCGCGUCGUCCCUGGCGCAGGCCGCGGGCGUCGCGGCGCUGAACUUGCCGAGCAACGCGCUCGACGAUGAUAUUGCUGAAUUUAAAAGAAGGCGGGAUCUGGUGCUCGAAUUACUGGAAAAAGCGGCCCGGAACGGCCGCGUCGCCGCGCCGCCGCCGCCGGAGGGCGCCUUCUACGUUUUUUGUGAUGUCGCGCCCUGCCUCGACCUGACCGUCGACGGCGAGCGCGUCGGCACGUCGACGAACUUCUGCAAGCUCCUCCUGAAGAAGCGGAAGCUGGCAUUGGUGCCCGGCGACGCGUUCGGCGCGCCGACGGGCAUCCGGCUGUCGUACGCGGCGUCGGAGGAGGACCUGCGGACGGCGCUCGCGGCGCUCGACGCGUUUGCGAACGAGGAUUGUAGGUAGC